GAUUUUUUUCAAGCUGAAAAUGCAAAUAAGAGUGAUCAUCAUUCUGCAGAAGAUAUGUAUGUAGAAUUAAAUAACAUAGCUGAUAAAAAGGAAAUAAGUGCUAAAUUUAUACCUAAAAUUAAACUACAUAUAGUUAUAUUAUUUGAUAUGCAGCAGCUGUAA